AUGGUACAUCUGACAACGGGUGUAAAAGUCCCACAUCUGCCAACGGGUCUAAAAGUCCCACAUCUGACAACGGGUGUAAAAGUCAACACAUCUGACAACGGGUGCAAAAGUGCCCCAUCUGACAACGGGUGUAAACAUGGUACAUCUAACAACAGGUGUAAACGUGCCACAUCUGCCAAUGGGUGUAAACGUACCACAUCUGACAACAGGUGCAAAUUGAAUCAGAAGCAAGACCCAACAAGAGACGAAAUUGAGAAAAGGGAGAAAGAAAUGUUUCGUAAAAAGGAUGAAGAGGAUGAAGAACAAGAAGAAGAACAACAACAAGAAAGAAGAAAAGAAGAAGGCGAUAAACUUACAGUGAAUCAGAAGCAAGACCCAACAAGAGGCGAAGUUGAGAAGAGAAAGAAAGGUUUCGUAAAAAGGAUUAAGAGGAAGAAGAACAAGAAGGAGAAGAAGAGAGACGAUAAAAAUGAAUCACAAGCGGGAACCAACAAGAGGCGAAGUUGGGAAACAAGCGAACGUCGUCGGAAGGGAGAAAUGGGUGAUGGGGGGAGGCUACGUCUCAAAGAUUCGGGGAAAUGCAAUCAAUAA